AUGCUUCAACCCACCCUAUUCUUCGCCAGACGAGUGGCCAGCCGUGGCUUCACUCCUUUGGUUUCUCAACGCUUCAAGACUUACUCCGAGCCUAGCACCAAGGAAAGUGAAAGGGCACCCUCAACCGCCGACGAACAUCGUAAAUAUCAAAAGGAGAAACCGUUGAAUCCUCAUCUGACGAACACAAACUCGACCAUCCACAAUGACUUGCCGUCAGUUGGUGCAGACAAGGCUCCGCCAGAGCUCAUUAGUUCGGUCGGCAAGAGCACAGCUCCAAAGGACCAUGUCCCUGAAAAUACGGACAGAAUGACUGGCGGAACACAAUCGGGUAGCCCAAGCAAAGUAAGCCCGACAGAAUAUGGCGUUGGUGAAAUGGAGGGGAUUUCGUUCAGAGUUGACCCCAUCCGUCGAAGUGGUGAAGACGUGACAACCAUGAGAGCAAGAUUAUUAUACCAAAGCAGGAAGCGAGGGACACUAGAGUCCGACCUCCUACUCUCCACCUUCGCGGCUGAAAACCUCUCCUCCAUGGACAAGGCUCAGCUCGAGCAAUACGAUCGGUUCCUGGACGAGAAUGACUGGGACAUUUAUUAUUGGGCUACUCAGUCACCAGCAAACACGCCUACAUCCCUCGAGUAUGCCGAAGGGGCAGUGAAUGAUACGAAGAGCGACGUAUCUGAGCAAACAACGCCAACAACCCAAGGACAGACGCAACAUCCUGAUACUUGGAGCCCAGGGUCUUCGACGAGUGGAGAGUGGGCACAGACAAUUGGACGAUUCAAACCUGCUUAUAGACCGGUUCCACAACGAUGGAAGGACAGUGAGAUAUUGAGCCGGCUACGAAAACAUGUCAGGGAAAGGAGCGCGGGAGGCGUCCUCGAAGACGUCAAUGCGCAGCCAAAAAGCAAAGGAAGUGGCAGCGGUCUUGGGCGGAUGCCAGAUGUACAGACUUUUUGA